AUGAAGCAGCAUCACCAGUACCACCAGUACCACCAGUAUCACCAGUACCACCAGUACCACCAGUACCACCAGUAUCACCAGGACCACCAGUAUCACCAGUAUCACCAGUACCACCAGUACCACCAGUAUCACCAGUAUCACCACUAUCACCAGUAUCACCAGUAUUACCAGUAUCACCAGUAUCACCAGUAUCACCAGUACCACCAGUACCACCAGUACCACCAGUACCACCAGGACCACCAGGACCACCAGUAUCACCAGUAUCACCAGUACCACCAGUAUCACCAGUACGCCAGACCACCAGUACCACCAGUACCACCAGUAUCACCAGGACCACCAGUAUCACCAGUACACCAGUAUCACCAGUAUCACCAGUACCACCAGUACCACCAGGACCACCAGUAUCACCAGUAUCACCAGUACCAUCAGUACCACCAGGACCACCAGUACCACCAGUAUCACCAGUAUCACCAGUACCAUCAGUACCACCGGUAUCACCAGUAUCACCGGUAUCACCAGUAUCACCAGUAUUACCAGUAUCACCAGUACCACCAGUACCACCAGUAUCACCAGUAUCACCAGUAUCACCAGUACCACCGGUAUCACCAGUAUCACCACUAUCACCAGUAUCACCAGUAUUACCAGUAUCACCAGUAUCACCAGUAUCACCAGUAUCACCAGUAUCACCAGUAUCACCAGUAUCACCAGGACCACCAGGACCACAAGUACCACCAGUAUCACCAGUACCACCAGUAUCACCAGUACCACCAGUACCACCAGUAUCACCAGUACCACCAGUACCACCAGUACCACCAGUAUCACCAGUACCAUCAGUACCACCAGUACCACCAGUAUCACCAGUAUCACCAGUACCACCAGUACCACCAGUAUCACCAGUAUCACCAGUACCAUCAGUACCACCAGUAUCACCAGUACCACCAGUACCACCAGUACCAAUAUCACCAGUACCACCAGUACCACCAGUACCACCAGUACCACCAGUAUCACCAGUACCACCAGUACCACCAGCCGUGA